GCUCACGUGACCCGCCGGGCGCCUACGUGGGCACCAGCCCCCGCGCCCGCCCGCCCUGCGGUCCGGUCCCGGCGCCCGCGCAGAACCAGCUGUCUGAGCUGUCCGGGCGGCGGGGGAGCAGCGAGCGGGCUUCUGCAGCCGGAGGAGGCACAGGCCUGUCCCGGGUCCCGGCAGGUCAGUGUGAAGGUCUGCGCGUCUGUCCCCAGCGCUCUGCGAGGCCUGAAAAGGAGCAGCAACCUGUCCAGAAUCCCCGCAGGACAGGAAAAGGAGGGGAAAUCUCGACAUGGAAAAACCCUACAAUAAAAAUGAAGGAAACCUGGAAAACGAGGGAAAGCCAGAAGAUGAAGUAGAGCCUGAUGAUGAAGGAAAGUCAGAAGAGGAAGAAAAGCCAGACGUGGAGGGGAAGACAGAAUGCGAGGCAAAGAGAGAGGAUGAGGGAGGGCCAGGUGAUGAGGGACAACCGGAAGAUGAGAGGAGCCAGGAAAAGCAGGGCAAGUCCGAAGGUGAGGGCAAGCCACAAGGCGAGGGCAAGCCAGCCUCCCAGGCAAAGCCAGAGAGCCAGCUGCGGGCCGCCGAAAAGCGCCCGGCUGAAGAUUAUGUGCCCCGGAAAGCAAAAAGAAAAACGGACAGGGGGACGGACGACUCCCCCAGGGACUCUCAGGAGGACUUACAGGAAAGGCAUCUGAGCAGUGAGGAGAUGAUGAGAGAAUGUGGAGAUGUGUCAAGGGCUCAGGAGGAGCUAAGGAAAAAACAGAAAAUGGGUGGUUUUCAUUGGAUGCAAAGAGAUGUACAGGAUCCAUUUGCCCCAAGGGGACAACGGGGUGUCAGGGGAGUGAGGGGUGGAGGUAGGGGCCAGAGGGGCUUACACGAUAUCCCAUACCUUUAAUGCCUUUGGCCUUGCAUUCUGACUUCUCUGAUGAGAAUAUUGCUGGCCCUGCUUUCCCUGGUAGGUAUUUGCCAGGCCCAAUGCUUUAACCUUAAGCUGAUACUUUGCUUUAGAUGUCAAUCUCGUUACCAGCAGCCUUUUGACCCAACUACAGUGCUCUAUAUUUUAGUAGAGGAUUUUCACCCAUGUGCAUGGAAAAGAUGUUCAUGGUACAUUGUAAAAAAAUAAAAAUAAAAAAAGUUUGCAGAACCGCA